GGAUCUUGACAGUUUACACACAAAACUGAAAAUACUUCUCAGGUCAUCAUCAUUUACAAGCGGGGAAGAGGCGACCCGGAAACCACAAGUCCUCCCUUUCUCUUCUCGUCCUUUCCUCCCUCCUUCCCUCCGUUGCGUCGUGUUUGUCUCGUGUGCGAGGAAGAGGAGACGGAAGAAAAGGAGGAAGAGAAGACACACACGCUCACUCCUCCUCACAUAUUCUCGCUUCAUUGUCUGCAAAAUAAAGUCGUUCUUCUGUUUAAACCACGAAGAAAGUAAAGCUUGGGGAAGGUUAAAAAGAGAGUCGAUCCAGACGGGGUGAGGACGAAUGGUCCCGCAUUUUUGUGUGGAGGGUUCCGGAUGGUUCCCUGUAGACGGUACUCUAUAGGUGCUCGCCCGUGUGUACCCCGCCAGACCUUCCUGCCCCUCCCUGCCCUGCCCACCUUGUCUCCUCUCUUCUCUUCAUUCCUCUCUUGCUCACCCUCCCUGUCAGUCUUUCUCUCACCCCCAUCCUUUCUCCCUCAGUGAGCUGCCCUGCUAUCCCUCCCUGCUAUCUCCCCUUGGCCAACGCCUCAUUUCUCCAUUUCUUUACUCUCAUUGCUCAUUAUUUAUCAAUAGGAAAUGAGCAGUGUGUGUGUGUGUGUGUGUGUGUAUAAGUGUGUGUGUGUGUGUGUGUGUGUGUGUGUGUGUGUGUGUGUGUGUGUGUGUGUGUGUGUGUGUGUGUGUGUGUGUGUGUGUGUGUGUGUGCGUGCGUGCGUGCGUGCCACAGUCGUCCAGAUCUAGACUCCCCCUUCUUCAGUUUUAACUCCGAGCUAAACCGAACUAACCGAACUCAACCGGCGAAAACCGAGGUAUAGUCCUGAACGUCAACACACAAACGGUAUGGUAAGACAGAGCAAUGGCUCCCCCACACACCACCCCACUCCUCGUGCUGACGAAGGAGCGCAUCGACACGCUGGUGGCCCAGCACAAGCAGGUGCUGGGGCGCGGCGCCUCGUGCACGGUGUACCUGGUGGAGGUCGGCGGCGCCCAGUGCUGCCUCAAGGUGGCAAGGGAGCAGCGCCUCGCCGCCAUGUUCCGCAGGGAGUUUGACAUCCUGCUGGACCUGGACGGCGCGGCGGGCGCCCCCAAGGCCUUGGGCACCAGCUUUGGGUUUCCCGCCAUGCUCACCACCUUCUGCGGCCAGAACACCUUCUGCGACCUGCACAACCUCGCUCAAAGCGACACGGACAAACUGGCGGCCUUCGUGGCGCUGGCCCGGGAUGUGCAGCAGCUCCACGCCUGCGGCUACACCCACAACGACAUCAAGCCCGACAACGUCGUGGUGCGCCAAGGCGCCAAAGGCCGCCUGCAGGUGUCCCUCAUCGACUACGGCUUGGCCAAGAGAUUCGGCACAGGGCUCUGCAUCGCGCGCAGGCAUACGCACCGCACGCCCUGGAUGGCCCCUGAGCUGCUCCGCGGCGCGCCCUGCUCGCCCCCCGUGGACGUGUUCUCCCUCGGCUACGUCCUGAGGGGCAUCCUGGCCACGUGCCACACGCAAUACCCCGGCCUGGAGGUGCUGGCCGACAGAGCCAUGAGAGCCAACCCUGCACAGCGGCCCUCGGCGGCCCGCAUCAUCAAGACAGUCAAGGAGUACACGGGACAGACGUCCAGGAAGGAGGCCUUUGUCCGGCGUGUUCGCAAGGCCUUCUCCUGCCUCUUCCCGCGCCGCCGCCAUUACUAAGGCGGCAGACAAGCCAGGAUUUCUUUUCCUAACGGUUGAAGAGUUUUACCAGUUCAGUUGUUUCUUUUGGAGCAAGUUACUCAACACCCAUCAAGGGUUGAGGAAUACACUCCCCUGAGUCAUUACUAAGGCGGCAGACAAGCCAGGAUUUCUUUUCCCAACGGUUGAAGAGUUUUACCAGUUCAGUUGUUUCUUUUGGAGCCAGUUACUCAACACCCGUCAAGGGUUGAGGAAUACACUCCCCUGAGGUAUCACUAAGGCGGCAGACUAGCCAAGAUCUCUUUUCCCGACGGUUGAAGAGUUUUACCAGUUCAGUUGUUUCUUUUGGAGCCAGUUACUCAACACCCGUCAAGGGUUGAGGAAUACACUCCCUAACUGAC